AUGGCAUCUACCCCACCAGAUGUCGUUUCUACAGCACCUACCCAGGCCUCGUCGUCAUCGUCGUCUGCUCCGCCAGCUUCAGCUUCAUCAGGCUCCCCUUCAUCGUCCUCGGUCGCACAGGAGACAGAGACCUUUCCACCGAUCGAACCCGGAGCCUCGUUGAUCCUCGCCUGGCAAAUCAGGAACAAACGCGUGCUCCUCGUCGGAGGCGGUGUCGUCGCAGCAGGUCGUCUCUACGCUCUCCUCAACGCCAACGCGAUCGUGACCCUCAUCGCCCCCUCGUCGCAUCUCUCCCCCGAAGUCCAAGCCAGGAUCAACGACCCUUCCCUCUCUACUUCGUUGACCUACCUCGAUCGCAAGUUCCAAGGCGAGGACGAUCUACAAGGCUUCGAAAUGGUCCUCACCGCGAUCGACGAGGUCGGCCUCAGCUCUUCCAUUUGCGAGAUGUGUCGCCAGAGAAGAAUCCCCGUCAACGUGGCUGAUGUACCUCCCGAAUGCGAUUUCUACUUUGGGUCCAUCGUUCGAAGGGGUCCUCUACAAAUCAUGGUUUCGACGGGUGGGAAAGGCCCCCGGAUCGCGAAUCGGAUAAGGAGGUCGAUCGAAGAGACUUUACCCGAUCAAGUCGGCGAAGCGAUCGAGAACGUCGGCAGACUACGAGCCGAUCUGAGAAAAGUCGCGAAUGGGAAGGAUACGAAAACGAUCGCGAGGAGGAUGGACUGGAUGAUCCGGGUGUGCGACAAGUGGACUUUGGCUCAAUUGUCGGCCAUGGACGAUCGGAUGAGGGAAGAUAUUCUCGAUGGGUGGGAGGAAGGGAUCGCCAAAGGAUUUUACGACGUCAAUGGUGGAGUCGUCGGCAAGGUCGCGAGCAAGCUCAAGUUGGAUCGAUGUCCGAUGAGGGAUAUUCCUGAUGGGAGACCGAGUCGGUGUCCGUUCCUCGCUGGCAGUUCGGGCUUCUUGUUGGGUAUUGGCACGGCCGUCGCUACUUUUGCCAUGUUCAGUAGACGAUGGAAUUGA